CACACACAGCCUAUCCAUCCAUCUAUCCAUCCAUUCCACAGCCAGCAUUCUUUUUCUCGGCUUUCUGCACCCUCUCUCCCUUCCCCACCAAACAAACAAACAAACUUCACUCCCUUUCACCUCCUCCACCCCCACCCCUCCCUCUACUUCCUCGCCCACCACCUGAUCCUCCUCUUCCAUCUACUCGAUCCCAUCACACUCCCCCACUCCUUUACGUCUUCACUUCUUCACCUCACUCAUGUCAGACUGCCUCUCACAGGGCUGUCCCCCCAACCAGGCCUGCUUCCUCUACAGCAAUGACGUCCUCUGUCAGCCCUUCCAAGUCCCUGAUACCUACCCCGCAACCAACACCAGCACAACUAUCGUCAACCCACCGGGCUGGUACAUCGCCAGUGCCUACCCCUCUGUCCGUUACACCGGCUCGCUCGCCAACCAGACUCAGGGCGCUAAUUGCACCACUAUCCCCGUCCCCGUCCCCUCCUACCAACUCUAUCACCAACUCAUCGACAACAUCCUCCUACAUGACCUGGGCAUGUACGGAUGGUUCGAUUACCAAUUUUCAUCCACCCUGGUCCAAUACCGAGGCAAUUGUGCCGAGAAUUUUUACUGCCAGCCCUCAGUCCCCGUCAACACAGAGCCCAUCAGGUCGUUGGAGAUCGUCAAUAUCUCGAGUCAGCUCCCAGGCACCUGUCAAGGCCUCAAGGCCGAGAACCAGCCCUGUCUUUCGUCCAACAUGUGCCAGGGCUGGCAUAUCCAGUCAGAUGGCUCCUACAACAACGACCAGUUUCGAUGUAUACCAUCGUCGAACCCCGUGGGCAAUUCGACCGUCUCUGGAAAGUGCGUCAAAGUCGCCAAGUACAAGAACUACCAACCGUUUUUUCAGGGAGCGGUAAAGACUUCUCUGCUCUCGAUUAUGUUGGUGCUCUUCCUCGUGCUUUUGUACAUGUGGUAUCGGCGACAGAAGGCCCGACAGCCAUUUGGGCCACGUUAUCACGAUAAUACGCCCGCCUAUCUUCUACAUGGUGGGGUUUAUCGUCCGCCAGAUGGUAAUGAUAAUGGAGAGCUGCCAGCAUAUGGAGCACAUCGAAGGGACGAGCGAAUUAUUGGACCAGGAUCAGAAGAAAUCGGCAUGUACUCGUUUUCGAACCAGGCACCACUAGGAAUGUCCAGCGGUUACCCAUCAACGGCCAUAGGACCUGCUCAACAAAAUUAUCCCUUCCCAAUGACUCAUCCUGGACUGAACACAGUGCUUCCGCCAGCGCCAUCGGGGACUCUCUACCCACCACCACUUACGCCACAACAGGCCGAGGCUGCAGCUUUGGCUGCAGCUGCUGCGGCUGCAUUGUCGACGCUGGAACCAUCAGCGAGUCAAGGUGUGCAGCAGGGUAGAUCGUUGCCUCCAGCUUACGAGCCUUCAUUAGCACCAGCACCAGCAACAACACCGGGAGCUGCAGGAGAGACAGCGAAUGUGGAACCAAACGCGGGCACGGGAAUUGCAGGAGAAAAACAAGAACUUUACGAUCAGGAUCAUGAACGGACCGCUGAAGGAUCGUUAUCGUCGAGGAAUUCAUUCAGUGUAGAAAAGCCGUUGAAGAAAGAGAAAGAGGAGCUGCGUGCGCAGGACAAGGAUACUGAUCAGGCAUCGACAUCCUCAUCCGCAUCCGGAUCGGGCUCAGGAUCUUCUAGACGACAGUAGAGCAGGACGGUGCUCAUGUUCAAGGACGAAAAAAAAAAAUACAAGCAACAUAAUGGUAAAUAUCAACACUUCAUAUUAUACCCUACUUUUCAUUAAAAGCUUGUGCUUUUUGAUUGUUUAG